UAACAAGUUCUGAAUCUGUGAUUGUGAUAUUAUUGAAGCCAAAUGUCAAAACUGCACGGAACAAUACAUAAUAAUUUUUUUUUUAAAGGUACUUCAGAGUUCAGACUUCCCGUAGCACUUUAGCUACGCAACCUAAGUGACCGAAGUUGUUUAAGUAAUCAUGAAUUGGGGUAAUGAAUUUGCUAUGCAAGGUAUGGGUAUCCCGCCAGGGCCUGUUAUUAAUAAUAUGGCUAAUAUGGUUCAACCUAUGAUGCAUAUGAUGCCUGAAAUGAACGUCGCCCCUAUUAAUCCGCCACCACAGAUGCCGUUAAUAGGACCAGUACAGCCAGAUAUGGAAAUAGAAAACCCAAAUGAAGUGAUAGACGUUGAUCAACAAAAAAACGAUGUUACGAGUACCCAAAGCCAUUCGCGACAAGGAGAGCGAUCAAGACGCGAUAGAGAUCACACGAAUAGAAGGGGUAGGUCCAGAUCUAGAGACAGGUACGAUAGAGGUGACAGGAGAGACAGGAGUGAUCGCAGUGAUAGGGACAGAAGCGAUAGGAGCAGAAGAGAACGUGAGCGGCGUUCAAAGUGGGACAAUAGCACAAAAACUGUUGAAAACAAUGCUCAGUUGAACGUCCCACAGCCAAUGGCAAUGGGGAAUAAUAUGAUGAUUGCAGGUAUGAUGCAAUACCCACAGAUGAUGAACAACAUGAUGGUACAACAGCAGAUGGAUGGAUCAAUGGCCAAUAUGAUGCCCCAAAUGAGUAUGAUGGGAGGCAUGAUGCAGAACAUGAUGGAUCCCAACAUGUUGAUGAUGAAUCAACAGAGCAUAAUGCCAAUGCCAAACCAACCGAUAUACAUUAACAAUGCUGUUCUGUUACCACCAAUUCCUGGGGUAACAAUCCCACAACGGCGAGAGAAGCCAAAGGGCUGUCGCACUAUUUUCGUGGGUGGUCUACAGCAAGGGGUUACACCUGAUACAGUAUCGGAGAUAUUCCAGCGCUUCGGCGGUAUUGAGGAUGUGAAGGCGCCGAGGCGUGGUGUGUUCUACGUACGGUUUGAGAGGCCAGAGAGUGUAGAGCAGUCGUUCUUCCUUUCCGGUUAUAGAAUGAAAAACCAUGAGCAGAGCGAGAAUGAAGCUACUACUAUGUUUGUUGACUAUGCUUUGAAUCGUGAGGAUCAAAAUGAGUAUGAUAGACGGCAGCGUCACCGCGAGCCGACGCCGCCCAAAGUGGAGCCGUUCACACCAAACACACUUAACGAGAUUGCUGAGAAAAUUAAAAGCGAGGAAGAGUUUGCUAAGGCUGCACCUACACUAGCAACGUGGUUGGAACGCGGCGAAUGCAACAAGAAGAACGCUAACUCCUUCUACUCCUUGAUACAAACCAGUAACAAUCAGAUUCGGAGACUGUUUAAUGAAAAAAUGCAAUUGGACGACGAGCUGCAAAACAUGAAAUCGACUUUAAAGGAUAAAUUCCUCCAUGUUAUCCAUCAAUUCGAGCAGGUAGCGAAAAUACUCUCUGCGGCCAAACACCAACGUGUCUCCGAUCAUUUCACGAAGCAGCAACGCAGGAACAUCGAGAUGUGGCUCAAAAUGACGGAGGAACUGGAAAAUAUAAAAGAAGAGUACAAUGCUACAUUUGAAGACGAUGACACUGAAAGAGUCAGCAGGAAUAUGGUUUCCUUUGAAAAGUACGAGGAGUUGAAAAAAGAGAAUGAGAAUCUGACGUACGAACUGGAAGGUUACAAAAACGAAGCAUAUCUAGCUAAGGAUGAAGCAGAGAGGAAAUUUGAGAAGUUCAAGGCACACUUCAUUGCGCAGCAGGCCUUGCAAAAUAAACAGGUCUACCCUCCGUUACCGACACCACAGCGAGAGACAGCGCAGCCAUCAGCUGUUAUCAAGCCAAUGCCACCUCCUCCAACACCAGAUGAUAACAAAGUGAUCACAACCGGACCAGCCGUUCCACCCUCCGAAGCAAAACUCAUCAGCAUCCUAACUGCGUUCCUCAUGGUCCAUCCAUUGGGAGCUUCAUUGGAUUACCUGGUAUCAUAUGUAAGAUCCAUGACUCCAAAUGUCACCCAGGGGACAGUACUGAAUAUUCUGCAGAAGUACAAUGACGUGUUUUUGUGUAAAACGUCUGGAGUGGGUGCGUCUAUAGAACAUAGAUGGGGUUUUGUUACAUUUGAUUUGAUUAAAAGUGAAUCUUAAGGUAAUCUAAUUUACAAGUGAUGUAAAUAAGGAAGUAUCGGAGAUAUGCAAGAAUGUUAAAUGUAUCAAUGUUAUGGAUGUUGUGAUGAAGAUAAAAUGCAAAAAUAUUGGGAAAUAUUUUGAAAGUAUUUUUGCAAGAAUAAAGUAUGUGUAUAGGUUAUAAUAUAAAAUAAAUUGAAAUAAGGUUA